AUGCCACGAUUUUUGGUAUUAUUACUGGCUAUAAUUUCCACACUUUCCGCAGAGCUCCUAUUUGCACAAGUGUGGUUUCGCCAUGGUGCCAGAGCCCCGACAAUCUACAUGCGAUUCCCCUCCGAGCCUGAUGAUUACGGCUCAAUGUUUCCGUAUGAGAAAGGGGAGCUAACAAAUGACGGGAAAAUGAUGGAAUACCACCUGGGGAAAAAGCUGCGGCAGGAAUUUGCCGGAUUUGCGCCUGAAAGCUAUUUGCCGCAUGAGAACAUGGUAUAUUUCGAUGAAGACAAUCGAACUUCAGAUAGUGCUGCUUUAGUGAUGGCUGGCUUCUACCCUCCUACCGACAAACAAAUCUGGAAUCCCGAAUUAAUUUGGAAUCCGGUAGCACUACAUCAAGCUGAUAUCCUAGUCAAACCCGGAAUGGGUCUCGCGAAUAGUUGUCCAAAAAUCGGAGCCGUGGCAAAGGAACGUCCGGAAUUUUGGAACCUACUAAACUACGACCAACCACUCCGGAUAAUGCUCCAAAAAGCCAGCGGGGUGAAUAUAUAUACGCCAAAGACGAUGAGCGACGUCAUGGACGAGUACCGUACUCGGGCCCGUCUACAAGACCCCCGAUUGCCAGUCGAACCAUGGGUGGAUGAUGCCAUGGUGGCUCGAAUUAAAAGCGUCCAGGAAAACAUGACCCUCGCCUUUUUUGCAUUCCCGGAAGUCAGCCAAUCUAUUGGAGAUAUCCUCCAAGUCCCGGAAAUGCGCUUUUUCUGCGAUUACGGCGCUAGCUUUAUUGUGGAGCUGCAUAAGAUUGGAAAAGACUUGGUGCUAAAGUUCUUUUUCUCUGACUCCUACGGUGUUCCUCGAUGGGAAGUAACGGUUCCAAAAUGUGGGAAAACGUGCUUGUUGUCGAAUUUCCGGGCCGUUUUUGGGAAGGAAACUGUUAAUGACGUUCAAUUUUGGUCUCAAUGCAAAGAAAUACCAGGCGAAGAAUCGGGAAGUGUGGCUUUGAUAUUUGCAUUGAUUGCGGUGAUUAUUGCCCUACUUCUGACGAACGUCUUCUCAUGCAUGAAAAUGAAUCGAAUCCAAAGCCGCCGGAAUACUCUGGACAAUGAAAGGAGCCCACUACUUCUG